CCGUCGACAUACUGCCUGCUGGGAUGAAGCUCGCCACCGGAGAACUACAGAGAUUGUUACAAAUCUGAGAUCACCCACAAUCUCGGCGAUAACUCGUCGAAACGACCCGUUACCAACAGUUAGUUUCCAGGAGAAGGGAGGAAAGAGGCGCGUUGCAAAUAUGAUGGAAGAAAUAGAUAGAUUCCAAGUGCCGAGUGCCGUGCAGGAGGCGGAGAUGCAGGCUGAGAUGCAGCCGCUGGACCCAGCUUCGUCCACCGCCUCAGAGGCAGACUCAGACACCAGAGAGGGGGAACCAGUCACUAUCAACUACAAGCCCUCACCCCUGCAGAUGAAAAUAGAGAAACAGAGAGAGCUGGCUAGGAAGGGCUCAUUGAAGAACGGCAACACUGUAGGAAGUCCAGUCAACCAGCAGCCCAAGAAGAACAAUGUCAUGGCCAGAACACGGUUGGUAGUGCCCAAUAAAGGCUAUUCCUCUUUAGACCAGAGCCCAGAUGAGAAGCCCUUGGUGGCCCUAGACACAGACAGUGAUGAUGAUUUUGACAUGUCUAGAUACUCAUCGUCGGGAUACUCCUCUGCUGAGCAAAUCAAUCAGGACCUGAACAUACAGCUACUGAAAGAUGGUUACCGCCUAGACGAGAUCCCGGACGACGAGGAUCUGGAUCUGAUCCCUCCCAAAUCAGUCAACCCUACCUGCAUGUGCUGCCAGGCAACCUCCUCCACCACCUGUCAAAUACAGUAACCCCGCCCCCCUGACCUUCUGCCCCUUCCCUUCUCCACACAAUAUAACCCCCAAUCUUCAUCUGCUGUGUGUUUACUUCGCCCGCCAGAGUGGCGACAGUGAAGCAUUGGUAGAGUAUUGUAAUGACAGUUAAGUGCUAUGAUGAUAAUGACAAUGAGAAAAUAAUCAAAUUAACAUGUAGAAAGUUUGGUUUAAGAUCUAGGAGAAGGAACACAUAUGAAGAUAUUGAAUAUGUAUUUAAAAUAUGAGUAAAAGUGGUGGUUUCCUCCUAUGGUAGGACGUGCACUUGUGUUUGAGAGCCCUUCUCCUGGUGAACAUGAUGUAACAAAACACACUGAUGUUAGUAGACAGAAAACAAAAGGCCAAUUGAUGCUGUAAAGUGAUUUCCAUUUCCCUGAAGAAUAAGAAACAUUAUCAUAACUGCUAACUCAACUGUUCUGCUUACCUGAAUUCUGGGUUGCAUUUUUGCAUUUUUCUACUUUGUUAUUUUUAGUUUUUAUUUAAAUGCUUACUUUUUUUAAACCCAAGGGAUCUGUAUGAUUGUAUGUGUUGACGUGAAGAUAUUUUAGAAGCGUGGACUGCAGUCAUGCUACCCCAAAUAGAAGAUAUCUGGUAUUCAUUGUACUGUACAGGGUUGUUAUGUAGCACAGGCCAGGUCGUUGCAUUCAUCCAUACCACCUUCAAUACUUAGGGGAGGAAUGUAAAAACAUGAAUGGCUGGGGAACAAACUGCACGAAGAGCACUGGACUAAACAAUUGAAUGGAAAUAAUAAGUAAGUAGCUUGUUGCACAUUUGAUUUUUUCCCCAUUUCUAUUGUGCAGUCACAUGCUACCGUUGUGACACUAGCUUGACUUGUAUUGUUUUGAAUUUGCACAUUUACUGUUUUUGUCUUUGGGCCCAUAGCCGUGUACUCUUUCCUGCAUAACAGUGACAGUGUCUUAUCUGAAAUGAACUGUGUCAAAAGGGAAGAUUACAUAUCAUUGCACUGACCUGAACACAUGAUGCUCACUCAAUUCACAUAUCAUCAAGGCCAAAGGGACAGUGGGGGGGCUUUAGAUCGACUUUUCAGUACUACUACAGCAUCAGUGUCAGAGCCUGAUGAUCACUGGACACUCAGAAAGAUUCACACACAUACUCACAUGCAUUUGCCUGCAUACAAACAUACAGUGCCGACAUAAAGAGUGUGAGAUGGCAUCUACUUGUCACUUUUGACUAAUGGUUGGAAAUUGUUUUGUAAUCCCAACAUCAAGGAUGGUUGACUUGGAGCACUAAUAUCCUUAAUUUAUGACUCUUUCCCUCCCCUAAAUCAGUUGAUUAUUUGCAAUUAGAGUAUGCCUUAAGUACAGAGAAGUUUAAAAAAAAAAAACGUGUAUUUAUUGCCAUCCUGAUAAUUUAGUUCAUUUGCAGAGCAUUUGCUGUUUAUGAAGUUCUGCUUUUUUUUUUUUUACAUUUAGACACGGGUGAUUAUUG